CUCCAUUCCCAUCGCCGCCGCUGGAUUACCAUCUCUGUCAUCGUUCCUCCCUGCUUUCAUUGAUCUGAAUUGGGUGUUAUAAAUUAAGCAAAAGGUCAUGGUAGGAUUCAAGAAUAGGUACAUGGUAAUGGAGGUUUUCUUAGACCCAAACAAAGACCAUCAGGGGGAUGACCCUGUUAUAAUCACCCAGUUAAAUUUGUCAAAAGCAAUCAAAGACAGCAUUCUUCUCAACUUUGGGGAGUGUGGUCUAGCAUCAUCACUGGGAUCGUUCCAACUCAAAUAUGUGAAUCCCAUUACAAAGCUGUGUAUUAUCAGAGUCUCAAGAGAGGAGUACCAAAAAGUUUGGUCUGCAAUUACCAUGGUCAGGAGUAUUGGAAACUGCCCUGUUUUGUUUAACUUACUGGACUUAAGUGGAAAUAUAAAGGCAUGCAAGAAAGCUGCCUUGAAGUGUGAUGAGUUGAAAUUUGAGCAAUACAAGCUUAGGAUGGGGGCACGCCUCUCUGCUGAUGUUACUCAGCACAUGCAGAACUGUGUUGAAAAGAUCAAACUUCUGGAGCACUGACGGUUAUCCACCUGUGUUAAGAAACUGCUCAAUCAUGCUGGUAUGCUAUCUUUUAUGUUCUAAGAUCACACUUGCUUGCAUUAUCUCCAUAAUUGCUGAUUAUUGUUUUCUUGAUCUCUAAUUGUUUUUGUGCCAUACCACAUGUAUAAUUAGAAAGACUUCUAUUGUAGUCAUUGUGCAGACUCUAUACAAAUUAAUUAUGAACUUCACCAUCAUAUAUAUUUGAUGCUCUGAUGCCAGGUCGUGACAGAUUUAGACAGAUAUUUGAGGAAGCCCAUAGUGAUUUCUGGAGUUUGAUUCAUGAUACAUGACUGUUGGAUUCAAAACAAGAAUCAUGGUGACUAUUUACCAAAGCCCCUUGUGCAUACGAAGGAAGCUUAAGAAAUGACUUGUUUUAUGUCAAUUAUGAUUAAGUUUACACUGAUGAUCACAGGGGUGAAGUUUCUGGUACAUGAGGAGUAGGAAGGUAAUUGUUUUUCUGUUUCCCGUCUUGUUUGGACAGUUUUCCCUUUUGCUAAUCAGAUUGCAUGAGAAACAAAUCCUACUGUGACAUGUAUGAUUCUUUCAAUUAUGAGAAUAUCCAAGAGAAAAUGCGUGAGGAAGCGGUUCUAAUCUGGCUCGGAUGACCAUUAAUCUUUAGGUUUUCAAAAUGAAAAACUAUAGUGCAUGUUAUUGGGUCAUUUUUUAGUUAGAUGUGGAGACCGGCUCGUCUUGUUAGGUACCAGUUGUUAGCUUUCAGAACCUAAUGUUGCAACUAAUUUGUAAGAAACCUAAUUGUUUAUGGGAUGAGUCAGGCCCUUCAUGUUCUUCUCUGAUUUUACAUAAAAAUUAUUAAACUAGAAGCUGCUAUUUUGGCAAUGGAAGUGUUAAUUAGCAAGUUUAGAAAAAGCUAUUGAUUGCAACUUUUUCGUGCCUGCUAAUUACUCCUAUCUGUAGUCCUUUUUUUGUCACACUUUCUAAAGGAACAUAAAGAAAAAAAAUGCAGGAAU